UACCUCUGGUUUCAUCCACAUUGGGUGAAUCAGCAGUGAUUUGAGAUUAUGGCUUGAAAGAAUAUACUAUAAUCUCUUUCCUUUCUAAACUCUCCUCUUCCCAUCACUGUGAACAGGAACUCUCCCAUAGGCAUAAUUUUUAUUCUCUUGGUAUGAGCAUAUGUGAUUUCUUCCCAUCCUCCCAGAAAGCAAAUAUUGAAUCAGAAGAUCUUGUGAUAUUCUUCAGGAAGAUUGCUUUGGAGAGGACAGUUUGGAGAAAGAAACAUUUGAUAACUGAACAUUGGAUAUAUCAGAAGUCAUGUCGGACUGGCUUCUAAUUGGACUGUUUGUGGCAUUGGUGCUGCUUCUAUUGCUGACGAUCUUCGGUUUUGCUGUUUAUUCGGGACUGUUUACAGAAGUAAUUGUGAAUGCUGGUUUGCCCCCCAUUGGCAACAUCACUGUGGCAUACAAAUUCCAGGUGGGGCCUUAUGGUGACUCCGGAAGGUUUUUUACAGAGAGCUGCAGCGUCUCUCCAAGGCUGUCUUCUAUCGCUAUCUACUAUGACAACCCUCACACGGUGGAUCCAGAGAAAUGUCGCUAUGCUGUAGGUAGUGUCCUGAGUGAAGGAGAAAACAAGCCAUCUGAGGAAGUGAUCCGCAUGUUUCUGAAGUAUGGCUUCAAGAUUAUCAACUUCCCAGCUCCUAGUCAUGUAGUCACGGCAACCUUCCCUUAUACAACUCCACUAUCCAUCCAUCUGGCAGUGAACCGUGUCCAUUCAAGUCUUGACGUAUACAUCAAGGAGCGGAAACUAUGCGCCCAUCCUAGACUGGAGAUCUACAAAGGAGAUAAAAUCUAUUUUAUAUGCCCCCUUGCACGUCAAGGGGACUUCUACGUGCCUGAAAUGAAAGAGUUGGAGAAGAAAAACAGAGCAGCCGCAGCAGCAAUAGAAACUGAUGAUGAUCAAACAGAUAUUACAGGUAUGGACACCAUGAGUGAGACAAGUUCUGUCAGCCUCGAAGCCACAACUGACAUCAGUGAGACUUCAGUGGCUACCUCCAUCUUAUCUCCUUUUGCAUCUGGCCACAGUCGAGAUGAGGCAGAUAAUCGGAGUGAGCAUAGCUACAGUGAAUCGGGGGGCAGUGGCUCCUCCUUUGAAGAAUUGGACAUGGAAGGCAAUGGUGAUGGAAUGGCAGGUCUGUCAUGUGACCUUGGUUCUGCAGAAGACCGAGACACCGCCCAAGUCAAGUGGACCAAGGAGCCUAUCGCCCCAGAAGAAAAAAGGGGUGAAGAAUAAAGUUAUCUGUUUACUUACGUUUUAGGGACUGAAAAGAGAAACUGAUAAUAGUUCUUGAUUCUUUUCCGUCCAGCCAAAAAAAUUUGGUUACUGA